AUGGAUCCGCUACUCCGCGAAGAGGCUGGCCGAGCCCAGGAUAUUGCGGAUAUACUUUCUACCAUCAGGAACUAUGACCAGGACCAUGUGCAAGAAAUCACUCUGGCCAUUACCGGGUUGAACAAUCUCAGCUGGGCCCUUCGCGAACUUAACGAUCAGAUUGAUGCCAUCCGAGGAAUUCUCACCAAAGGUUUCGCUGACGAUUUGACACUCCUUCAGAACAGUGUUGCCUUCACUCUUCAAGAUGUCUGGACCAUUCUCGGCAAGAUCCCUCGCGACCCGGUCGGAGCGGACUAUCGCAAUGCCUGGAAAGAGAUUAGUCGAUACUGUUUGGACAUGGGCAAGCAAACCCUUCAUAUGCGUCUCGAGACGUACCAAUUAUUUCUCUAUGGCCUCUGUAAGAAGCUGAAAAGGCAAUCCUACAGCCGACGACAAAUUGACGACCUUCGCCAUGAAAUCUUUGACCUACAGUCCCUGCAACGCGAUAACCGAAAAUUGAUAUCGGCUACAGAAACAUUUGCGAAUCUUUCUUUGGUACCAGUCCAACCAGGCACGUAUCAACCACAGACUCAACGCCCGAUGUCGCCUACAACCUCCCACGACAGUUACGACACUCUCCAGCACCAAGCAGCUCCCAGUCCGCCAGCGCUAUCUCCCACCACCACUUUCUCCACUAUCAGUCAUACGUCGAGCGUAGAUCCCGAGACCAGUCAUUGGGCGACCAAUAUUUUCAACAACCUCCCCACCACGAGUCUCGAAGACGAUCCUAUGCUCUCAACCUGCUUUGGAGACAGUUCCGGCAGGGGCCGUAGCUUCCCAGAUUCCGAGUUUGAAAGAAUCCUCCAGCUGAAAUUCCCUGGUGGCCUUCGAACCAAAUUUUACUGGCGCCCUCGUGAUUAUCGUUGCAAACUUGUCUGCGAAUGGCCCGACCCUCGACGAGGGACUCGAAUGUCCUGUUUUCCACUGACCGAUUUGCAUAUACGAAGAUCCGGACCAUUCCUCUACCUCUGUCGUCCGACGGUCACCGCCCCCAGCACCUGUUGGACCAGCCUCAAAUUCACUUCCUACGAAUGGUUGGUCAUCUUUCACUGCACGUUUCUCUCUCUACGAUCCCAUGACAGCGCCAGACACGUGAGCAAUCAUCUAGAUCACAGGUUGAAGGAAGAAACGAGCAAUUUCGCCGGGGCCAUUCGGGAUAGCGGUUUCAAGCAUGCCUUGCGAUUAUAUCGUGAUCGAGGGACUGAUGCCGUCCGACUUGAAGCAUCUGUCCUCGAUGGUGAAAUGCAACAUACCCCUAUCUGGACCGCUUUUAUCACACAUUGCAUUACUUCUCCCACCUGGUAUCGUUGGCCCAAGAAUAGCUCGACUGUAUACUUGGCCGAACUACAACGACAUGUCUUUUCUUCCCAGUACUCGGCUCACAUAGCCGCCAAUGGGGAACACUUUCUCGACUUUGAACUGAUUCAGGAUGCUGAAGACUUUGUGAAGACUCUCCAGGAUUUUGGUGAUGAGUAUCGCCGCACUAAAACGGUGCUAUGA